UUAAACAUUACUACUUGCUGUACAAGCUUUCAUUUCUCUGUUCCCACCCCCCUUUUUCUUAUUCCCACACCUUUCGUUUUCUCUUUAUAUUUCUUUCUUCUUCUAAACCCAAAACCUCUCUCUCUCUCUCUCUCUCUAAACACAUAUAGAUCAACCAACCCUACCUUAUCUAUCUAAAUAUCUCUCUCAAACAUUGAUGAUGGAGAAAAAGGGUUUGAAUAUGGAGGAUUAUGCGAAUAUUGGAUCUUUCCCUAGCUACUCAUUUCCAAGUGUUUUUGAUUUAUCGGAAGAAAGGAGCUUCAUGGAGUUACUGGGUGUGCAGCAGAACAUGAACAACUAUAGUGAUAGUUUACUUGAUUUGCCUGUGGUUGUAAAGGAGCCACCUUUGGAGAGUGAUGGGAAUGGAAAAGAGUAUUCAGAGGUUUUGAAUAGUCAACAACAACCUGCUACUCCUAACUCUUCAUCUAUUUCAUCUGCUUCUAGUGAAGCAAUCAAUGAUGAACACAAUAAAACUGUUGACCAAACUAAUAAUCAACUCAACAAACAGUUGAAGGCUAAGAAGACAAAUCAGAAGAAACCAAGAGAAGCUAGAAUCGCUUUCAUGACGAAAAGCGAGGUGGAUCAUCUGGAAGAUGGGUACAGAUGGAGAAAGUACGGUCAAAAAGCUGUUAAAAAUAGCCCCUUUCCAAGGAGCUAUUAUCGUUGCACCAGUGUUUCAUGUAAUGUGAAGAAACACGUGGAGAGGUCUUUGAGUGAUCCAACCAUUGUAGUAACAACCUACGAAGGAAAACACACACAUCCAAACCCAAUUAUGUCUCGUUCUUCAGCUGUUCGUGCUGGAUCUCUAUUACCACCACCAGCUGAAUGCACCACCAAUUUUGCCUCUGAUCAAAACUACGAUAUAUCCCAAUAUUAUAAUCAGCAGCGUCAACAAGUACUCUUCAAUACAUUGUCGUCUCUGGGUUUCCCUUCAAAGAAUAUGAAUGCUACUUUUUCUCAAGACAGACCACUUUGUAAUCCAAGGGUUCAGGACAAUGGCCUUCUUCAAGAUGUUGUUCCUUCACAUAUGUUCAAGGAGGAGUAGAUCAUUCAUCACUGUACAUCAUACCACUGCUUCUGUCUCAUUUCUUAUGUUGAUUGAUCACUUUUUGUAGCUAGUUAGAUAUAUAGAUAGGAGACUUAGAUGAGGAGUACUCCAUUAGUGAUGAUCAUAUAUACUGGUAAUCUUUUUUGCACAGAUAAGAAAGCCUUAAUUAUCAUUGGUAUUUAAUAUCAGUUUGAUCAUUGACAUCUCU